AUGUCGGGAUGGGACGAGGGAUCGGUGUUCUACAGCGACCAGGCGCAGUUCCCGCGCGGAGGCGGUGACCCCGACCAGGGCAACCUCACGCGCCACUCCGCCCUCCGGAAGUUCAAGGAGUUCAUCCGCGGGUUCCAUGGCGAAAAGGGCGACUUCCCUUACCGGUAAAUAGAGAAUCCCUCUCUCGUCUCUUUGCGAUUUUCGUAACAGUCGUCUCUCCCGCCGUUCACUUGUGAUGAUUUUUUUCCUCAUUAUCAACGCAACUUCUGAUUUUUUUUUCUUUUUGUUGUAUUUGGCAGAGAGAGCCUGGUUCACAACCAGGAAUAUCUCUCUGUCGCCAUUGAGGAUCUCGAUGCCUUCGACGCCGAGCUCUCCGAUAAGAUCCGCAAGCUCCCCGCGGACUACCUGCCUCUGGUACUUCUUCCACUUCUUCGUGCAUACAGAUCUAAGGGUUUAUCCUUAUAUCUAGGGAGCUUGUCUUCAAAGUUAUUCGAAUUUUUCGCAUGGUCUAGUUUGAAACUGCAGCUUCUGAAGUGCUCGCGAGUUUGAGAUCUAAAAUCGCGGGAGAUUCCGGGGAAAUGGAGGAGCCUGUCACCGGAGACGUCCAGGUCUUCCUCACAUCGAAGGAGAAUUCGGUGUCCAUACGGUCUCUUGGGGUCAGUCAAUAUCCAUCCCAUCAUUGUUUUCCCUUCCGACAUUCAUUUUUCUUACACAUUUUACAUUCAGUCGCUUUACUUUGCUCAUGAAAUGGGGAACUGUGAAGGCUGACGUCAUGUCGAAGCUCGUCAAGAUAGCUGGGAUCACCAUUGCAGCCUCCAGGGUGAAGGCCAAAGCCACCUAUGUGACUUUAAUGUGCAAGAACUGUAAGAGCAUCAAAACAGUGCCCUGUCGCCCAGGUCUUGGUGGGGCGAUCAUACCCCGUUCAUGCGACCACGUUGCUCAGGUAUUAUUUGAGGAAGGUUGAAUCACAUAUUCUACAAUUGUCUCGCCGUGCAUUAUUCUCAUACGAAAGUUUUCUGCUUGGUGAUCCUCAAAUAGGCUGGGGAAGAGCCUUGCCCACUUGACCCCUGGAUUGUUACGCCUGACAAGAGCAAAUACGUCGACUUGCAGACAUUGAAGCUGCAGGAGAACCCUGAGGUAGUGAAGCUUCAGUCUCAGCCUACGCUUUAGGUGUUUAUAGUAUCCUUACCGUUUUUUGGCUUCUUUGAAGGAUGUCCCGACAGGGGAACUGCCGAGGAACAUGCUACUUUCAGUCGACCGUCAUCUCGUUCAGACAAUUGUUCCUGGGACAAGGCUGACUGUCAUGGGCAUUUAUAGCGUGUUCCAAGCAUCUUCUACGUAUGUUCAUGAUUUUUCCAUCUGGGUUUAUUUAUUUCUUUUUUGUUGACCGUAGCCCUGCUUUUGAAUUACGCAACGUUACAUCGGUGUGAAUAUUUUCACUACAGCCAAAAAGGUGCAGUUGGUGUCAGGCAGCCUUACAUCAGGGUUGUAGGGCUAGAACAGACCAGGGAAUCGAAUUCAGGGUCUUCUUCCAACUUCACAAUAGAUGAGGUGAGGCCCAUGGUACUCCCUGGUUGAUCCCCUUAGAAGGUAACCAAAGCUAAAUGCCGUUGGCAUUAUCAGGAACUGGAGUUUAAGGAAUUUGCACAGAGACCUGAUGCUUAUCGAAGGGUAUGCUCGAUGAUUGGUCCUUCCAUUUAUGGGCAUGAUGAUGUGAAGAAAGCUAUAGGAUGCUUGUUGUUUGGAGGGUCAAGGAAGGUAACAGACGGAACUGUUCUUCUUUUAGAUUCGAGCAUCAAACAAAAUGGUUCACCUUUCUCCACUUAAAUACAGCGGCUUCCAGAUGGUGUUCGACUAAGGGGAGACAUACAUGUCCUAUUACUGGGUGAUCCGUCAACUGCGAAGUCACAGGUUUCCUUUUUUAACUUGACUUUGAAUACCUUUUCAACCCGCGCUUCCGUAAACACAGCACAAAUUGUGUCGUGGAGAUUGACAUUUCCUGCAGAUAAAUUACCGAAGUAAUGUUAUUUUAUAUUUUAAUUUCUUAGUGUUCACUGCUGACAUCUAUCUAUCGAAGCGUACAACUUUAAGGGUGGACAUUUAACAGAUUGGAUUAAACAUGUCUAACUGGCGAUGAAGUAAUGUAGUUGGACACAAACCUUUGGGUGUUGCUUGUAUAAUAGAAUGUUGUUUUUUGUUGCCGUUUACAUGACUUGUUCUUGGCAUAUGAACAUUAAUAUGUUAGUCUCCUCAAGUACAGACAAUUUGACCAAAUUUUGGGACCCUGCUUUCUGAACACACUUUUCUGCCGCGAGAUGUGUAAUUAACACCCUCAGUAUAAUUUAUUUUUAUCGAUCAUUCUUGUCUUGUCAUUUCCUUGCAGAUCUGUUUUUUAAAAUCUCAUUACUUCGUGUGGUUAUCUCACAUCAAAAUCCUUUCUUUGUGAAGUUUCUCAAGUUUGUUGAGAAGACAGCUCCUGUGGCUGUCUACACGUCGGGAAAAGGAUCAUCUGCUGCUGGUUUAACAGCAUCGGUAAUCCGUGACAGCAGCUCUGUAAGUCCUCUGAUUCAUUCUGGCUGGCUACUUCCGAAUAAAAAAAUCUAGCGAUUUGACAGCCUGGAUCCAAUAAUCAUCAACUUACUGAGGACCCAGAGAAUGUGCCUCGCUGUAACAUAGUCAUUGCAUCUCAAAUCUGCGUGUCUUCAGCGUGAAUUUUAUCUAGAAGGAGGGGCAAUGGUUCUUGCCGACGGAGGAGUCGUCUGUAUUGACGAAUUUGACAAAAUGAGGCCAGAAGACAGGUGAGCAUUAUCUCACUUGAAGGUUGUGAUUAUUCGUCUGUCUAGCGGUUAUUCAGCCAUCUCUCAUACCCUGUGGGGAAUCCUUGUCUGUUUUCUGCGUACAGGGUUGCUAUUCAUGAAGCCAUGGAGCAGCAGACGAUUUCUAUCGCCAAGGCGGGAAUAACCACCGUGCUGAACUCUAGAACCUCGAUACUCGCUGCUGCUAACCCUCCAUCUGGACGAUAUGACGACCUGAAGGUGAGUGAAAGCUUCUGGCGCUAUUCAGUUUCAUAUCUUGGGGUAGAUUAUGAGAGUUUCUCCCAUCGAUAGUGCUUCAUAGAAACGAAGAAUCCUUCGGGUGUAGUUUUCUGUGUCUAAAAGGUGUUGAGAUGAGUUUGUUAACUGUUACUAAGAAAAAAAUAUCAUCGCAGACUGCACAGGACAACAUCGAUUUGCAGACGACAAUUCUCUCCAGAUUCGAUCUGAUCUUCAUUGUGAAAGAUAUCAGACGGUACAACGAAGACAUGGUGACCCCCCCCCUUCUACCGUUUCCUCUCUGAGCUGAUGUUUUCAACCCCCACUUAGGCGGCAGCUGACAUUCUUCAUGUCCAUCUCAGCUUAUAGCGAGCCAUAUUAUAAAGGUUCACACCAGCGGAGCAGCCGCCUCCAAGAGCACAGAAUCCAUGGAGGGAGAGAACUGGCUGAAGAGGUGAACAUCGCCAUGGCUGGAAUCCUCCAGGCCUCCUGCAACACCCUUUUACCCCCAUCAUCUGCCCUAAAAUUGGUCUUCUCGCUGAUCACAGGUACAUCGAAUACUGCCGGAUCAAGUGCCAGCCGCGGCUGUCAGAGAAGGCAGCUGAAAUGCUGCAGACCAAAUAUGUUGGCAUCAGACAGGUUAAACCUCGAGACCCUUCCUAGAGAGCUUCCCUUCAGACCCACUGGUCUCAUUCUCUUUCGUUCUGGUUGGAUGUUCAGCGGAUGAGGCAGCAAGCUAAUGAAUCUGGGAGGUCUUCUGCUGUACCCAUUACCGUCAGGCAGCUGGAGGCCAUAAUCAGACUGAGCGAGUCCCUUGCGAGGAUGAGGCUGUAAGUUAUUUUCUCUCGCAAUAAAAAAAUAUAUUAUUUGCUUAUUUUGAGGAGCUUGAAAAUUAUGAAAAAUGGCGUUGACUUUUUAUUGAAAUCACGCCCGCAGGACCCACGUUGCGACAGAGGAGCACGUUGAGGAGGCCUUCCGACUGUUCAACGUCUCCACGAUGGACGCCGCGAGGUCUGGGAUCAACGAUCACCUGAACCCCUCGCCCGAGAUGGCCAACGAGAUCAAGGUAGAAGUCAACGAGUUGACUCCUAUGACCACGUUGAUACUUCUGUGGCUGCUCUUCUGGCUGACUUUUUUUUUUCUGUUCCCUUUUCAAAAUGUAUGAUCAGCAAGCGGAGACUAUGAUCAAGAGGAGAAUGGGCAUCGGCAGCCACAUCUCAGAGAGGCGCCUCAUUGACGAGCUCACUAGAAUGGGCAUGAACGAGGCCAUCGUAAGCGACAGCCAGAAAGAAACACCCCCUCCCCCUCUCCUCUUCAAGGCCGAAGUAGACUUUUUGAUAGGGGAGUUGACUUUGUCUUACUUUCUACAGGUGAGGAGGGCCCUGCUGAUCAUGGCCCAGCGAGACGAGGUGGAGUACAAGCGCGAGAGGCACGUCGUCGUGCGGAAGGCCUGA